CUAAAAUGUCCACGUGACCGAUCCAUCGAUCAAGUUUCCGUAACACAGCACUAACUGCCACUGCGCUGCUGCCAGAGCUUCUCGAUAGGAACAACGGGCGAACGAUUACUCGUGUAACGUUUGCCGCGUUACUCUCCAAUUUGCUAACCGCGGACGAAUGAAACUGGGUGUACGGUAUUUUUUUUAAUUUAUACAAAUGCGCUUAACACCAUUAUCAGCAGCAGUUCGGGAAAUAUUGGAAACAGCUACCAAUGCCACCAGUCGACAAAACCAAAAGAAUCCAACAAAACCAACAGAAACCGCUCCAAUACACCUCCGCACACUGGGGCCGCAGCCAAUGUGUGGAAAGAGAACGUGCGCUUGAUCCUGCUGAAGUGCAAAUCAGCAAUAGGAGCAACUCUAAGAAAUCAGAAUCUGCAAAUUUCUCCUUGGAAAGAGCUGAACGACGAAACUAUGAGUUGCUGAAAUCGUUGGAAAUUUCCAAAGCCAGGCUGCGAUCCCGUGCAACAUUCAGUCCGCUGGAAGCCAUUCUUCAAAAGGCCAUUGGAAGCUAUCUGAAGGAAACAUCCCUGGUUCCAUGCAGCACUAAGAAACUUUACGGUCCCACCUAUGUUUAAGAGGAUUAAUACAAUCAUUGCUAGUAAACAAACCACAAUAAAGCAUGGACAAUGCAGUUAAUUAGUCAUAAUGUAACUUAUGUUUUAUUUGCUGCCCUAUAUGUUUCUAAAACAUUUUGUUCAUAAGCAUCGUUUUUUUUUCUUUCACC